AUGCAGUCCGCUCCUACACAGCGCCGAGGAUCAAUAGUUGAAGCAUACCUCAACAGUCUCCUGGAUGAUUACUUGAGUACGCGGAAACUAGACGAACAUGGCGACCUGGUAAAGUUACAACACAACGUCAGUCAGAUAUUAAAAGCACAAGCGCCCAGCAAUGAAAGGAGUCUGCUUGCCGCUUUAUGUGCAGCAAUUUCGAUUGGAAAAUCGCAGUAUUCUUUCAUCGUUUUGGAUUGUGUGCCCGAAGAAUUUAUUGGAACUGCUUGUGAAGUCAUUAACUCGUUGCAGGAACUCUUGCCGACACUAAAAGGCUUGCUUACGACAGAUUGCCCUUUUACUCUCCCUUUUGCUUUCCCUACGAUUGCGGGAAUAAAUGCUGAACACAUUGAAUUUGAUCAAGAAAGGAGAGAGUGUAUUAACACUCUUCGGUUCCACAACACUCGCUCCAGCACAAUAUCGAAAGAAUGCAAAGGCUCUUGUGUGUGGCUGUGGACCCAUGCACAAUAUCGGGAUUGGAUAGCAUCGCACAACUCUCGAGUGCUGCUAGUUGAGGGAAAACCCGGAAGCGGCAAGAGUACUCUCACAAAAUAUUUCUGUGACCACCUAGAAGAGAAGCAGCCAAUGUCAAGCUCGGCUACUGUUGCGAAGUUCUUCUACAGUUACAGGGAGGGUGAAGUCCAAAGAAGACACUACCACAUGUUUCGCUCUCUACUUCACGACAUCCUUUGUCAGGAGGAGGGGUUUUUCUAUCAUCAGCUUCAAUCUCUGUACCGAGCUCGGUGUGUUCAAGAGUCUUCCUCUACAUUGCUAUGGAGUUACUCAUCGCUCAAAGAUGCAUUGAGGUCGUUAGCGAGCUACUCAACACGGCGGCCGGUAUAUCUGAUUAUCGAUGCCGUGGAUGAGUCCGAGGAGAACGACAGACGGGACAUGCUCAACUUGCUUCCUGAAAUCUGUGCCACGACGAGGUUCUGCACUGUGAAAAUUUUCGUUGCAAGCCGGCCAAUUGGGCAGCUUGAGCUUCGCAAACCUCUGGUGCAAAACUUCAUCCGAAUGCAAGGUGAAACCACUUCCGAUAUUGCUACCCUGGCUCGAUUCUUCCUAGGAGGUCUAAACCUUACCGGGCUUAUAUCUCAGUCACUCAAUUACAUUGUCGACAACGCCCAAGGAGUGUUCCUCUGGGUAAGACUCGUUGGAGAGGAGCUGAUUGCAUACGAAGAGAAGGGAGUAUCCGAGGAAGAGGUAUUUGAGUUUCUCAAACGACUCCCAACGGAGCUUGAAGAUUUCUACCGGCGUAUGUUGCAGCAAAUUCGCAACAAGGAAGCUGAUCUCCGAGGCGCAGUAAAGAUGGUCCAAUUCAUCCUUUUCGCUGGACGGCCUGUGACAGUAGAAGAGGUGGUACACGCUUUAGCGGUUUCGGAAAACCCGGCGACCGAGUUCUAUGCUUCGGACGAGAUUUUCCAAAGACGCAUUCCUUCUGAACGAUACAUUAUUUAA